AUGACAGACUUGGAGACAACAUUUUUGCGGAGUGCCAUCAAUGAGGUCCUACCUGACCUAGCUGAUGUAUCGAAAGACAUUUUGGAGGAGACAUUGCAGUCCCUUGGCAUCGAGACGAGUGAUGAUUUCAAGUUUCUCGAGGAAAGCCAAACUGCUGAAAGUAGCAGCGCAUCUAGUCCCUCACCAGCACUUCCACCAUCCCUGGAGUCUGUCUCACCCAGAAGUCCAUCUUCAGACUCUGUCAGCAGCUGCCAAAGCCCUGGUGUUGACUGGGUGAAUACAUACCAGGUUCCAUGGGACAAGUUCCCAGAAGAGUUAAUUCAGACUCUAGAGAGGGGAAAACGGCCGAGCCCUCGUCUAAGAAGGGAGAUGGUCCGCAUCGUUGUUUCUGAUAUGAUGCGACAAAGUUCUUCAGUGAGUAAGAGAAACUCAACAGAUGUUGCCAAAAAGAUGGUGGCAAAGUAUCCAAAAUCUUUGCAAGACAUUAUAGAGGGAGAUGUCAUAGGCCCAGGUUACCACUCUCUUGUGAAGCAACUGCAAAAUAGAGUAGAGAACGUGAAGAGAUCUACAACACCAAAAAUAAGAAAAAGAAAGAGUCGCACAGAUGAUUCUGACACAGAUGAAAUCUCUCCGCAACAAAGAGCAGCGAUCCAGGACACAUAUGGGUGCAUCAACUGGUAUGUAAAAUUCCUGCCCCUUGGAGAGACCCUGGAGAGCCAGCAAGAGAAGCAAGAAAAACUGAGGCGGAUGUCCCGGCAAACCCAUGCAGAUCAGGAGGCGGUCAAACAAUUAAUGAAGGCAACAUUCUACACACAACGAAAACAAGUCAACGAGGGGAAAAAUAUAAAAGACCUCCUGGAAGGCUGGCCCUCUUGGUUCAGUGAACUUGGCAUGGGUGUGCACUUCAAAGAGCUCACAGGAGUAGCACUUAAAGAAACUUUCAUACAGAAUGUGGACCUGAAGGGGAAGCGGCUCCUGAACUUCCUGAGUACAGUUUGCAUGACCAAGAGCAAGAAGUUCUUGCAGGCUGCAACCAAGGUGAAAAUGUUGAGAGGUGCUGAGCGGAGCGGCUGCUCUGAAGAUGUGAAAGAAAUGGUCCUGCUGCUGCUGGCCUAUUUUGACGAAAGGGAAGAGAUGAUGCUUUCUAAUGUGGAGGACACCUGUCUGGCAGGGGAAGUCCAGACGGACAAGCUCCCCUUAACUCCUACCAUCAUUGUCUGUGGGCAAUCCUGCUUUACUGCCACACGAUGUAUGCUCAGUGUUGACAGAACCAUUGUUCAGGAGAACAUCCCCUCCUUUGUGUCAUCAUUGUGUCUGAUGUUUGGAAGCUACUACAACUUCAACAUCCAUUAUCCAUCCGGACUGGCAUCCACCCUGGAGUUCCUGCAGAGAUGCUUUUUCUCCAUAAAUCCCGAGAAGGGCACGAAAGUGGAAAAGACCAGCACCUCCCGUCUACACGUGAACCCCAGAGUCCUCACGUUGAUACAAGACCUUUCAGAUCAUGAGUGGCGGGACAUGUGAAUAAAGACUCAAAUGCUUUUCCACCAUCAACACAGAAGGCACCGAAGUGGAGAAGAGCGACAGUUCCUGUCUACAACCCCAGAAUCCUCACCCUGAUUGAAGAAGGUUUCUUCAUGCUUAGUUCAUUAAGCUUUAUUUGUAAAUGUUACAGAUAAAAAUACGUUAUAGACUGGUUAUAGUUGUUGCAAUUGAAUUUUUUCAUAUUCGAGGCAUUAUUUCAAAUGUUUGUUUGUUUUUCCUUUGAGGAAAAAUGGAAAGGAAUACUUAAUUCCUUAGUUUGAUGUUGAGACAAACAAAAUACACACAA